UCGCCCAUUGCUGCGCGAGCAGUGUCAUUUUCCUUUCUCGGGUGGUGUCUUGAAGAACAAUAAGAGAUUGGACUCGGGAAAAUCAAUGGCUCAAUUCAAGAUACGUUCCACCAACCUAUCCACAAUUGAUGAGAUGAAGAUUGUUCGCCAUUUUGAUCGAACCGCCUGA